AUGGCCAACAAGAAAUCUAGCGCAACUGCCAACAAGAAAAAUGACGAAAUGAAGGGAAAAUCAGGAAACGGUUCUGCAGGAGAUGAGAAAUCUUCGAAGGGAAAGGGUAGCUUAAAGGCCGCCACCGCCGUCAAUGUCCGUCACAUCUUGUGCGAGAAGCACUCCAAGGCCACUGAAGCUUUACAGAAAAUACAGGAAGGUCAAUCUUUCAAUAAGGUAGCUGGGGAGUAUUCAGAGGAUAAGGCCAAAGCUGGCGGAAGCUUAGGAUGGAUGAUAAGAGGCAGUAUGGUGGGUGCUUUCCAAGAUGCUGCUUUUGCUCUCACCCCAUCUACUGUCGACAAACCCAUCAUUUCUCCUUUGGUGAAGACAAACUUUGGUUAUCAUAUCAUCAUGGUCGAGGGUCGUAGGUGA